AUGCCAUAUGAAUGGCAGUAUUCAAAUUUCAAUAAGGAAAAAGUUGUACCGCAGAAGAUUAUAGCCCCUGACGUUGAACUUCGUGCGUGGCGCUUCGUUACUGUGUACAAGAAGGGUGUCACUUCCCGCCGUUUCAGGAGUGAGCAGCAGCAUAAGGAUGAUGCAGUUGUGGAAGACGAAGCCAAGGGCCAGUGCAGCAACAAUAAAGAUAAAGAUGAAGAAUUGGGUGGGAGCUCCCGGCUGGACUUGAAUGUAAAUCGACUUUCAAGCAUCACUUUUUCCGGUGAAGAUUAUGAUUUUGAUUCAUCUGAUGGUGACAAACCUUCAUUGAAAAAGGGAAAGGCGGCGUUGUCAAGAGAGAAAAGAAAAAGUAUCAACUCAGUAAAAGGGGAACCGAGUGAUUUGGUUAGAGUGGUGGGUCAUGCUUACAUGAUGGUUUCUCCAGUACUGGUUCCCUCUGUUUUUAAGGGAACUAAGAAGAGGAAAUAUACAAAAAAAGGAAGUAAAGGAGAUUCUCGUCCAGUGUUGUUGUGGAAUGCGUGGGAAGAGGAGCAAGAGAAAUGGAUUGAUCAGCAUAUAUCAGAAGAUGUUGACUUAGAUAAUCAGAGUGAAGUAAUGAGUGAAACUGCUGAGGCGCCCUCUGAUCUGACUAUGCCUUUACUUAGAUACCAGAAGGAAUGGCUAGCCUGGGCUUUGAAACAGGAGGAUUCUGCUAGUAGAGGGGGAAUACUUGCAGACGAAAUGGGAAUGGGGAAGACUAUUCAAGCAAUUGCUCUUGUCCUUGCCAAACGAGAAUUCCAAGAAAGUAGUGAGCCAGAUCAAUCCAUACCGUGUUCAUCCAGGCUGUUGCCUGCAAUCAAAGGAACCCUUGUCAUAUGUCCUGUGGUUGCUGUUACUCAGUGGGUUAGUGAGAUUGAUCGCUUUACUUUAAAAGGAAGCACCAAGGUGCUGAUUUAUCAUGGGGCUAAUAGAGGGAGGAGUGGGGAUCGGUUUGCAGAUUAUGAUUUUGUGAUAACUACGUACUCUGUUGUUGAGACUGAGUACAGGAAGCAUAUGAUGCCGCCUAAAGAGAGAUGCCCAUAUUGUGGAAGAUUAUUUUUGCCGAAUAAGCUAAUGUAUCAUCAGAACUAUUUUUGUGGACCUAAUGCUAUUAGAACAGAAAAACAAUCAAAGCAAGCUAAGAAGAAAAGAGAAUUUAUUAAAGGGAAGACCAAGGAAGGUGACAGUAGCAAGAUGUUGAAGGGUUCUAACAAGAAAAAGGGAGAUGAAAUGUGCAUAGAUAUGGAAGAUUCUGAUGCUGCACCUGUACGUAGCGAUAGAUCAUUUCUCCAUGCUGUGAAAUGGCAGCGGAUAAUAUUGGAUGAGGCACAUUAUAUAAAAUCUAGACACUGUAACACUGCUAAAGCAGUUCUUGCGUUAGAGUCUACCUACAAAUGGGCGUUAAGUGGCACUCCCCUUCAGAAUCGAGUUGGAGAGCUGUAUUCUCUGAUACGGUUCCUGCAAAUAACUCCUUAUUCUUAUUACUUGUGUAAGGACUGCGACUGCAGGAUUCUUGAUCACAGAGUCUAUUCCCUCAGCUCUAAAGAAUGUUCAGUCUGCAAUCACAGUUCUGUGCGACAUUUCUGUUGGUGGAAUAAAUAUGUUGCCACACCUAUUCAAUCUUAUGGAAAUGGUGAUUCUGGGAAAAGAGCUAUGAUAUUGCUUAAACAUAAAGUUUUGAAGAACAUAGUAUUAAGACGCACUAAAAUAGGCAGAGCGGCUGAUCUUGCACUUCCACCUAGAAUUGUUUCAUUGAGAAAGGAUUGCCUGGAUAUUAAAGAGCAAGACUAUUAUGAAUCGUUAUACAAUGAGAGUCAAGCACAAUUUAAUACGGAAAAAGCUGUUGGUAGAUACAUUGAAGCAAAUACUCUGAUGAAUAAUUAUGCUCAUAUAUUUGACCUCCUCACAAGGCUGCGUCAGGCUGUUGAUCAUCCAUACCUUGUGGUAUAUUCUCAAAGUGCAGCAUCAAGAAGUGCAGUUAUGACCAGUAAUGCUACUGUUGAACAAAUUUGUGGUAUUUGCCAUGAGCCUGUAGAAGAUCUUGUUGUUACCUCCUGUGAGCAUUCAUUUUGCAGGGCAUGCUUGAUAGACUACUACUCUACUUCCUUGGGCCAAGUAUCAUGCCCCACGUGCUCUAAAUUACUUACAGUUGAUUUAACACCCAACAAGGAUCUUGGAGAUCAGGCUAAAACAACAAUUAAGGGUUUUAGAUCCUCGAGCAUUUUGAAUAGGAUUCGCCUUGAGAACUUUCAGACAAGCACUAAAAUAGAGGCUUUGAGAGAAGAAAUAAGAUUCAUGGUCGAAAGGGAUGGUUCUGCCAAAGGGAUUGUUUUUAGCCAAUUCACAUCAUUCCUGGAUCUUAUAAACUACUCUUUACACAAGUCUGGAGUAUCUUGUGUUCAGUUGAAUGGAAGCAUGUCAUUGGCUGCUAGGGAUGCUGCCAUUCGGAGAUUCACUGAAGAUCCAGAUUGCAAAAUUUUUCUAAUGAGCUUGAAGGCUGGGGGUGUUGCACUCAAUUUGACGGUAGCUUCACAUGUCUUCCUUAUGGACCCUUGGUGGAAUCCUGCCGUGGAACGCCAGGCUCAAGACAGAAUUCACCGAAUAGGGCAAUAUAAACCUAUAAGAAUUGUGAGAUUUGUUAUCGAGAAUACAAUCGAGGAGAGAAUUCUGAAACUGCAAGAGAAGAAGGAACUCGUGUUUGAAGGGACGAUUGGUGGUUCUUCUGAUGCUCUGGGGAAAUUGACAGAGGCAGACUUGAGAUUUUUAUUUGUUACCUGA